AUGGCGUUCCAGGCGUCCGUAAACGAUGACGGUCUGAUCGUGGCGAGGCUGGAGCGUUCGGACCUGCAGGAGAACGUCACGGCGUACGCCACUCAGCUCUCCGGAGAGCCUCAGCUGAUCCUGGUUCAGUUUUUGAACAGCAGCGAGCCUCUGCUGUUCAACACGUCGUUCCAUGGUCUCUGCUACACACUGGGACUACUGGUUAAACUGGGACCGAGCUGGUCCAGACCCGUCAAGACCAUCCCUGUGCUCACAAAGCCACUUCCUGUCCGCAGCGUCCACAUCUCAGACUACAAAGAGUCUCCAGAGACCGGCGUCAUGUUUCAGAUCGAGUCUCCAGCAGGAAACGUCUUCAGCAGAGUGAACAUCAGCUUCACGGAAGGAGCCGAGCGCCGCUCCAUGCUCUACAAAGAUUUCUACAAAGGGAAGACGGUGUUCAAACACUGGUUACCUGGAGUUUGUUACCGUAACAUCACCUUCCAGGUCAUCUCUGAGGUCACAGUGUACCAGACGGCCCUGGUGACACACAGUGACAUCACACACUCACCUGUACACCACAGGACAGUGCCCUACCCCCCCCUCAACAUUUCCCAUAAGAUCGUCCACCUGAGCCCGAGGCUGCCGGGUGAUGUGGUUCCUCCUGACGGGGGCGAGGAGAGCCGGAGGGCCUCCCGCCAACAACGGGACACCACGGAGACCCAGAGCUACUGGAUGGAGCCCACGGACGCGUCUCCUGCAGACCUGGACGAGGAGUUCGUUAACGCCGUGGUGUCGGAGUACGAGGACUCCAACGAGCCCGGGUCGGCCAUGGGUCUCCCCCGACGGCCCCGUGCUGCCCACCAAGCUGCCCCCGUCCUGCUGGAGCUCCGCUGGCUGCCACCGAGACCCCCGACCAGCUACGACGGCUUCAACGUCUACAUCUACAGAGAAGGGAACUCUACAGAAACAGCCACCGUGGAUGAAAACACUCACGAGUUCUUCACCGAGUUAACGGAAUCCGGAACGUACCGAGUCCAGGUCACCACGCUGAGCUCGUCUGGAGACUGUGAGGCCCGAGAGAGCGCCGCCGACACCGGCUUCACCUUCUACCUCAGUCCUGGUGGUGAGCUGCUGGAGGAUCUCCGUGAGCGUCCUCAGGCCGUCAGCGUCCGACUGCUGGACUCGUCCACCGCCGCCGUGUCCUGGUCUCCGUCCUCAGAGGACCACAGCGGCAGCCUGGUGUCGGUGGUCUCCACCACCUGCCUCCGACCGAGUCUGAGCCAGAGGAUGGAGAACACGUACUGCAGCGAGGAAAACUCUACGAGUGACAUCAUCAGUCACCUGACCCCCGGGGCUCAGUACAGGGUGGUGGUCUUUCACACCAACGGCCCUCUGACGAGUCCGCCGUCUGAACCCGUCAUCAUCGACAUCGAGCCCACUGGGGUGCUGGAGCUGGCGGUCUAUCCUCUGAGUCCGACGGCGGUGAUCCUGAGCUGGCAGCGUCCACGUGGCCACGUGGCCUUCAGGAAGUACGUCCUGCAGACCUUCUUCUUCAACCCCGUCACGCUGGCCUCCGAGUGGACCACCUACUACGAGAUCGCUGCUACCGCCUCCGUCAUCGCCUCCGUGAGAGUCACAGAUCUGCUUCCCGCCUGGUAUUAUAACUUCCGUGUUGCCAUGGUGACGUGGGGCGACCCGCCACUCAGCUGCUGCGACAGCUCCACGGUCAGCUUCAUCACAGCUCCGGAGGCUCCUCACAUCUCCUCCGUGGAUUACUCUCACGGCGUCCUCUUCGUCCGCUGGACGUACGGCGAGCUCUUCAUCGACCUGUCUCACUCCAGGAUGCUCCACUGGCAGGUCGCCGCCGUCGGCAAGAAGGGAGCGGAGAGGAGCUACUCCAUCGACGUGACUCGUAACGUGAUGCGGGCCAGCCUCCCUCUGCCUCCAGGAGACAUCUACAACCUGACGGUGACGGCCUGCACCGAACGCAGCAGGAACACCUCCAUACCCAACAUCAUCAAGCUGGAGCCAGCGGCGCCGCGCUCUCUGUUCGCCGUGAACGCCACGCACUCCGCCGUGACUCUGCUGUGGACCGAGGACGGCGUGGUGGACUACUACCAGGUCCUCUGCAGAGCCAACGGGCCCAGCAAGGAGCUGAAGAACCGCGAGCCUCAGACCUCCAGCUCUCACGUGGUCACGGUCUCCGGUUUGACGCCGUCGUCCUCCUACAACUGCACCGUCACCAGCUUCAGCUACAGCACGCCGAGCAGGCCGGCCCACAUCACCAUACGCACCGCCGCUAAAGAGAUGAACCCGAGCGUAGCGGCCAUCUCGGCUCUGGCCGUCCUCAGCAUCCUCCUCAUCAGCCUGCUGGGUCUGUUGCUGCUGAUCCUCCGGAAGAAGCACCUGCAGAUGACCAGAGAGUGUGGAGCGGAAACCUUCGUAAACUUUGCUUCGUUUGAACGAGACGGGAAGCUUCCUUAUAACUGGAGCAAGACAGCUUUAAAGAAACGGAAGCUAACAAGUCCCGUCCAGCUGGACGACUUUGACUCGUACUUCAAAGAGAUGAGCAAAGACUCCGCCUACAAGUUCUCUCUGCAGUUUGAGGAGCUGAAGAGUGUCGGUCUGGAUCUUUCCCAUGAUGCAGCAGACCUGCCCAUCAACAGGCCCAAGAACAGAUACACCAACAUCCUGCCCUACGACUUCAGUCGGGUGAAGUUGCUCUCGAUGCACAACGACGAAGGUUCAGACUACAUCAACGCCAACUACAUACCUGGGUACAAAAACACGAAGGAGUACAUCGCCACUCAGGGUCCGCUGCCCGAAACCCGGAACGACUUCUGGAAGAUGGUUCUUCAGGAGAAAUCUCCGAUCGUCGUCAUGCUGACUCAGUGCAACGAACGCCGGAGGGUGAAGUGUGAUCACUACUGGCCGUUCACAGAUGAGCCUGUGAUGUACGGAGAGAUCAGUGUGGAGAUGCUCUCUGAGGCCGAGUCUCCAGAGUGGACCAUCAGGAAGUUCAGACUGGGAUACGCCGACGAGUCCCAGGACGUCCUCCACCUGAACUACACCUCGUGGCCCGAUCACGGCGUCCCCACCGUCAACGCCAUCGAGAGCAUCCUGCAAUUCGUCCACAUCGUCCGUCAGCAGGCCAACCGGACCAAAGACCCCGUCAUCGUCCACUGCAGCGCUGGAGUCGGCCGGACGGGAACCUUCAUCGCUCUGGACCGUCUGAUGCAGCACAUCAGAGAACACGAGUUUGCAGAUAUCCUGGGGAUGGUGUCUGAGAUGCGUUCACACCGUCUGUCGAUGGUCCAGACUGAGGAGCAGUACGUGUUCAUCCACCAGUGCGUCCUGUUGAUGUGGCAGAAGAAGAAGCAGCAAUCCGUCACCUCUGAUGUCAUCUACGAGAACGCCAGCAAAACAUAAUGAUGGAAGCUCCUCCAGACGAUUCCACCAAACCCCCUGAGCUUCAGGCAUCCAUCCUCUGCAGAAGAAGAAGAUCCGCUUCAUCAUAAAAAAACUAAGCAGAACAUCGACAAAAACAAAAAAGAAUCCAGUUUUGGUUUGAAUUGGUGUUUGAGCAUCGGGAUGGAGAUCUGCCUUAAGGAGCCUCACUGACUGACCAACAUGUUGAACCACAACCCUGAACCCCCCGACCUGGACUGACUCAACGUCAACGUGGAGGGGUCGGAGGUCAUUGAGCUCUGUCCUGUGAUUGGAUGUCUUCACACUGUGUCCGUCCUCGUUGAGGCGACGCGAGGCGGCGUUACAGAGUCAGCAGUUUUUUGUUUUUAUGUCUUUUUUUUAAUCUCAGGAGUAUCUGAAGAAACCCAGCGAGCACACCGUCCUCUUCCUCCGCUUCUAGCCGCCAUUCUUCAUCCGUUAGCUUUUAGUUCCAUCUUAGAUCGUGUUCACUUUCUCGCAGCUUUCCUGGCUUUUUGCAACGCCAGAGUCGAUGGCGGUAUAAUUCUGCACGCUGCCGAACACGGCGGACAUGACGACGCUGUGUUCGUUAAAAACAUGCUAACAUGCUAACGAACAUUCGACCAUGAGGGAAGUUCUAGAGAAUGAGCACAAAGUUUCGGUCACGUUGAAGCUGAUGUUUGAUUCGUUUUUUAAUUCAACACUAACAAACAUUAACGUGAACGUUUCCGUCCUGGUCGAAGACUUCAAACCUUUGUUAAAAAAUAAGCAUUCGUAACUUAAAUCAAAAGUUUUUGCUGCAGCUGAACGUUCCAGAUUUCAGCGUCAAUCACUGAAGUAUUUCGGUUCAGAUUUCACGACAAUGCUGCUCGACUGCGUCCGUCAAAUCCAACCGCUCAACGUCUGAAUGUUUGCUGGGUCAGCACAAGAACUAAAGGGCACAAACAAAAAGAGUUGGAAGGCUUUCUGUGGAAACGCCUCCCGCUGUCGGAGGCCUCUGUCGGAGGCCGCUUUAGAGACACUGGUCGUAGAGCUGUAGUUUGUAUUUGCACUGAGGCCUCGGAGGACGAACCCAGCAGCUCCACGCUCUUUCUCACGAGCAUCAGGAUCUGAUCGACGGCUACAAUCCUGUUUGGAGACAAACACACGGAUCAUAUCUGACAGAAACUGCAGACAAUAUUCAGAAAGACGAACUGCCAAAACUAACAACAGAUGAUAUCGAGACCCGAUGUUGAUAAAACAUAUCUGAGCUUUCUUCCAUCAAACUACCGACAUUUAAAAAGGUGCAACUGUUAACUUUAAUUCACGACCCUGUGAUUCUAGACGGAACAAAUAUAAAACGUUAAAAAACAUGAGGACAUUAGGAUUUAUUCCCCGUUGUUGUUAAAGAGCACCAAAAUACUAAACUUUAACAAAAUACAGGAAUAUUAAGUUGGGUCAAUUUGUUUUGGUUCAAAAUUACAAAUAUUAUAUUUGACUUUCAGACAAUUCUCAUGAAAAAUGUUCCCUUUAUGAUGGGAAAUGAAAGUAAUGCACCCUGAAGAUAAUUGUAUUAAACACUUAACGGUGUUUAAAUGGUUAAAAUCACCCAAAAUAUUUUAACCCUAAUAUUUUUUUAAUCUGAAAAUUGCAUAUCACAAAUGUUUACAAUAGAAUAAUUCAGUAUUAUAGUCUUACUUUUGUUUUAAUUGAUAGAAUUUGGUAUAAAAAUGCCCCAAAUACCAAAAUACUGGGUAGUGUUAAAACGUGGAACGGCACCGACAAAGUUUUGUUGUAAAACCAAAUUUUGUUUGAAUUCUUACAUUUUCUUUGCUUACUUCCUUUAGUUUUUUAUUUUAUUUGAAAAUACAACAGAAACACUGCAGGAAUGUUUUUGAAUUAGAAAGGCUCUCGGGCGUUUUAAUAAUUCAGUGAAUGUUAACGGUAAAAACAGAACCUGAUUUUACAAAAUGAAUCACAUUUGGGGUUUGAAGCUUCUCAGUUUGAUCUCGGCUCAGACCGAAUAAUUGUCUUAAAAACACGAAUACUGUACAGAAAGUAGUUCUGAAGUGUUUUAGUAUCAGAGAACUUCUUCACAUUCAUUUAGUCAUUUAUCAUCUUUCUACUGAACUUUUGACUUGAAGGACAAAAGAAAACUUCCUCGAUGACUGAAGAGAAUGUUUACUGAGCAGGUCGACCUCAUUCGUUUGACUCCAUUCAGGAAGUUCAGGGUGUCGCCAAAAUAAGAGCAGAAACAUUAAAGACAUUAAAAGGUCCAAAAACAUCACAUGUGAUCUUUAACAAUUUACUGCCAACAAUCAAAGUCACCAUUUCCGUUUAUAGGAGAUAAUUGUUUAAACAUGUUAAAUGUGCCAAUAAAGUAUAAAGUUAGUUCCAUGUUACAUCAAAAACAAAUAACAGCAGUUUGAGUUUUGAAGGAAACUUUAUGAUUCCUUGAGUUUAUACUUCUGAGUAUAAAUAAAGAUAUCAGUAUAGUUUCCUAUAAAAAAGUUUGUUUAGAUGAAAUAUUUUCAUUUAAUAAUCUUGAGUUUUGUUAAAAUGACGUUUAAGUUUAAAUUAACAAAACUGCUCAAAUACAUCAGUGUUUAAUCUUUAAAAAAUGAAAUGCAUUAAUGAGUAACUAAACUAAACUAAGAUUUCAAAGAAUCAAUGACAUGCAGAUGUUUAAAGAAACAAAUUUGAACUGAUUUGUAAAUAAUGUUUUUAAAAGCGACGUCUUUUAAAACCAGAAUCUGGCAUUCGGCUUUUGUGUUAAUCUCAAAAUAUAAAACGUUUAUGAUCGCAAAACUCCCUAAAGUUAUAUUUUAAAUAUUGAUGAAGCACAUUAAAUACUAAAUCUGAUUUGCUGUUUGUGUUAUUUUGACAACACCUUGUAACAAUAAAUGGAAGAAAUCGAUGAAUGUGUAAAAAGGCCGUUGGAUGAAUUGUGUAAAAUGAUUCGUGGCCUUUUGGUUGAAACAGCUGAAGUCUCGACCUGUCGGUUGGUUCGUCGUCACGGAGACGGAGGUUUUCACUUAGAUAUCAAACGUACUGUACAUACUACUACUGCUUAACUAUUCUGUUUCUACUCGUCAUUACAAAGUGAUUCUCGUGGAAAUGUUGCUUUAGAGGUUUGUUUUUUAAAAGUUGUUGUGUAUGUGAAUCAUCGUCACCUGAGCCAGAAGUUCUCAUCGUCACGACGACGGUUUCGGUUUGUCGGACGUUUUUUGGAGAAUCGAUUGUUUUGAGGAAAACGUCGACACGGAGAACUCGUCUGAAAACGCACUUUGGUUAAAGACGUUGAGCCGCCGUGGUGAAGCUCAGCACCGUCACUCCUCCACCGCUCCUCCUCCCGUCAGUGUUCGUCCAGUCAGACUCGUUCGUCAUUGGUGCCAUUUUCUUGUGCAUUGUGUCACUUAAAAAUUUGAGGGAUGAUUUCAAACUGGGAUCGUCGUCACAGAUUUUAAUGUUUGUGUGUUGGAACAAAAUAAAAUGUUGCAGUUA